CUUCUAGGAGUCAAUCUUAGGAUGUAAUGCUUCCUUGGAGACAGUGACAAGGAUAUCCAGGCACCAAGAAUUCAGACCAGUGUGCCCCUGGAGCUACCUUAUAAUCUGGAGUCUAUACUACCUCUCCCUUUAUAUUGGCUUCAAAGUGACUAGGCUUCAAUAUACACACCACCCAAAGAAAUCUGUUAAAGUGGUCAUCUGACAACAGGUUACUUUAGUCUCCAGCAGAGGUACAGAAAUGCCAUCGGAGAAUGCUGUACCACCUCCACACCCCCUUCCUCCGGAUGGAGGGUGGGGUUGGGUAGUAGUUGGAGCAUCUUUUAUCUGCAUUGGAUUUUCAUAUGCCUUCCCCAAAGCUGUCACAGUAUUCUUCAAAGAUAUCCAGGCAAUAUUCCAUACUAGCUACAGUGAAAUCGCAUGGAUCUCGUCCAUCAUGCUGGCUGUGAUGUAUGCAGGAGGUCCUGUCAGUAGUGUCUUGGUGAAUAACUACGGCAGCCGGCCAGUUGUGAUAGUUGGAGGGUUGUUAUGCUGUACCGGAAUGAUCUUGGCUUCCUUCAGUAACAGUGUGAUAGAACUUUACCUCACGGUUGGCUUCAUUGGAGGUUUAGGAUUAGCGUUCAACCUGCAACCAGCCUUAACAAUAAUUGGAAAAUACUUCUAUAGGAGACGACCCAUGGCUAAUGGCUUGGCCAUGGCUGGAAGCCCUGUUUUCUUAAGCACACUGGCUCCUUUCAACCAGUACCUGUUCAACACUUAUGGCUGGAAGGGAAGCUUCUUGAUUUUGGGGGGCAUAUUCUUACACUCCUGUGUAGCUGGGUGCCUCAUGAGACCUGUACAGACAAGUCCACGUAAGUCGAAGUCUAAAAGUAAAGUUGGUUCAAGACAUGAUGGAAGUAUGAAGAAAGCCAGUAAGGUAUCAACAGCAGAAAAGAUUAAUCGGUUUUUAGAUUUCAGCCUUUUUAAGCAUAGAGGAUUUUUGAUCUACCUAUCUGGAAAUGUCAUUAUGUUUUUAGGGUUUUUUGCCCCUAUCAUAUUCUUGGCUCCAUAUGCUAAAGACAAAGGAGUGGAUGAAUAUAACGCAGCUUUAUUGCUGUCUGUGAUGGCUUUUGUUGAUAUGUUUGCUCGACCUACUGGUGGAUUAAUAGCCAACUCCAGAUUUGUCCGUCCACGAAUCCAGUACUUCUUCAGCUUUGCAAUAAUAUUCACUGGCGUUUGCCAUCUCCUCUGCCCCCUGGCAGAUACCUACCCAGCUUUGGUGGUCUACUCUAUAUUCUUUGGCUAUGGAUUUGGAAGUGUUAGCAGUGUCCUCUUUGAAACUCUCAUGGACCUUGUUGGACCUGCCAGGUUUUCCAGUGCUGUGGGACUUGCCACAAUUGUGGAGUGUUGUCCUGUUCUUCUUGGCCCUCCUCUUGCUGGCAAAUUGGUCGAUAAGACUAAAGACUAUAAAUACAUGUACAUAGCCAGUGGGACAAUUGUGGUAAUAUCAGGCAUUUACCUGUUCAUCGGCAAUGCUAUAAACUAUAGACUCCUCGCCCAGGAAAGGAAGAGAGAGAAAGCAAGGAAGAAGAAAUCAGCCACUCAUCCUUCCAGAGAAUCGGAGGCUUUGAGCAGAUCAAAACAGGAGGAUCUUGCCGUCAAAGUCUCAAAUCCACACAGUCCUCCUUCAGACAAAGAAAGGGAAAGCAAUAUUUAACAUGAGUCUCAUCUUCAGCCAGUGUUUAUUAAUUUACUAUGAGUUUCUUUGUGUUUUUCAAAGUGUUGCAAAGGAUUUUAGCUAAAAGAAUCACAAACAGUAAUGAAACUGGUUUUUUCCUCAAUGACACUCUAAAAAUCAAUAUUUUGACACUUUUUUGGAUAGGUAAAUUUUGAGAUUGUGCACACAGGAAAUCCAUGCAGUGGCUUAUUUGCAUACCUGACUUGGGGUGUUGUGAUGAAAAAUCUUUCACUGACUUUUACUUCUAGCUGUAGAAUGAAAUCUGCAUCCCAGACCCCCUGACUUUCGUAAGCAUAUAUCAAUUCCAUAGAAUGUCCCUCUUCAAAGUUAAUUUUCUUUAAUUUGAUGUUGUUAUGAAGUAAAUUGAGGACAAGCAUUUCUCUUCACACACAAAGAAUCACAUAUCCACACUAACACUGAGUAUCUUGAGACCAUGAAGAAAUAAAUAAAUUUGAAAAAAUACUAUUAUAGUCAUUUUUAAGUAAAAGCAAAUCUCCAGGGAGACAAGGGGAAUGUGUUAUAUUUGUGUACAAUUUUACAGUGUGGAUUUAAAUUAAUAGUAUAUGGUAAAAAACAAAGUGCCGUUAACCCAGAAAAAUGACUACAACUACAAGAAAAAAAAUGUUUGUAAAAUAAGUUUGGCUUACAAAAACAGACCCCUUUUGCACCUUCCUUCUGCCCACUCAUGCUUGGUUAAUCUGCACACAGUUGUGAUUAUUGCCUGGUGCUAGAAAAGAGAACAAACCCCCAACCCCAUUAAUUUCUAAAAUUCUUAGCUAAUACGUACAUUGAAUUCAAAUUUUAAUGACACUGAACAACCAGUUGAGUCCCAUUGAUUUAAAAAGUAUCUUAACCCAUAAUAUACAACUUAAUGAUAGCAUUUUUUUUCUUUUUAAAACAAGGGCUCAACCCAGAGUCAAUGUUGUGCUGAAAUCCCAAAGCCAAAUUAUAUUAGAAUACUAGUUGACACUUUCAAAGUAGAGCAGUUUCCUUCCCCCGCCACACACAAACACAUAGCCAAAGUAGUGACACCAUCCUAAUCUUAUGAACAAGUCAUAGGAAUAGAGUGGACAACAGUAGCAGUCAUUAUUGAUCCAACUAAAGUCUUCUAAUUCUUUUCUAAAAUAAGCAAAAGCAAAAACAAACAAAACAAACCCAGGCCUUGGAUUCAGUACCUGAAGAUGCCUCAUGGUAGAACAGAGAGAGGAUGAGAAGCGCUUGAAAAUUCUACCCUCUACUGAUUUAGACUACCUGCUGCCUAAGAAUAGAAUGAGAAAAUUGGGACAUUUGGGGUGGGGAGACACUUCUAAAAGUACAAAUUGUGGGGACUUGUAGGUAUAUAAUUUAUAACAUUGUAUUGACAUGUUAAAUGAUUGUUGCUCAGGUCAAUUUAGCAUGUUCUCAUUUUAUUAAAGUAUCUGGGAUUCAGGAUCAUUCUUAAGACAAUUUGACAGAUUUGUGAUUUCAUAAUAUAUAAAUAUCAACUGAAAUUAAAUAUCUGUAUCUCUCAUUUGAUUUUUAUAAUUAAUAGAAUGAACUCGGUGAUUUAUUAUUGACUGAUGUCACUCUGACAAUGUCCUCUUCUUUUUGUCUUAUUUCUUAUACUCUACUUAGACACUACAACUUUUAUGACAUUAAUAUUAAAGAGUUGGUUCUGUCAUAACAUUAAUACACUGCUUCAAACAUG